AGAGCCAUAAUGACUGUUACUACUCCUAGUGUAAAUCAGUUUCUCGGCGCACAGAGCCACUAGCGCUCGCCAGAGGACGCAUGCAGGGAAUUUAAACCCCCUGUACUCAAAACACACCACAAUAUUCAUUUAAUCGCCGUAAUUUAAUAAUGUGUCAACACCUCAGGCCAUAGUUGCAGGAAGUUUGCGUGUUGUCGGUGGACAUUUUUCGCACUUUUUUGCGGGACUAUGGCGGUGGAGCUGCCGGGGAAGCGCUGCCUGUGCGCGAGCGGCUCUGGAGAUCGUCUGCUGGAGCCCGCGGGGAUCUCGCACUGGGGCUGGAGAGCCGGAGUCAUCCGAGCGGCCGCUGCAGACUGCCCUGCGCUCACGGUGUGUGUGCAGUGGGACGGCGAGCAGUGCGCGGAGAGGAAGUGGAGGAGACUCAGAGAGGAAUGCGAGGUGGUUUUGUUGGAGCAGGAACUCGUUUGGGCCGCCAAGAAACCCAGCAGUAACGGCAGCAGCAACAUCAGCGUCCAGGAGAAGAGGAGACUGCAACCCGCCCUGAAAUUCCGGCCUCUGAUUGGUCAGUCAUGCGUGGGAGGCCUGUCUGUGGUGGAGUUCAUGUGUGACAGACAGCUGGAGUUUUACACAGAAAAGGAGGAGCUCCAGCCGUUUAAGGAUGAAGUAGACGGUGGAAAUCCAGCUGUGAAAGAUGAUCCGCCUCUGCAGGAACAGGUCCAGGCCUGGCUCAAACAGAACCAAUUCCAGAAAACUCUUCAGCAAGGUGGCUGUUCAGUAAAAGGCCGGAGAGUGAAAGUUUUCAGACAGGAGUCCAAAACCCAGUGGCUGUCAGGAGUCAUCACACACUAUGAGCAGAAUAACAGAACCGUAGCUGUCAUGACUGACCAGGGUCAAGAGAUUGUGAGUAUAGAUCCAUCACUGGUUCAGAUGUUGUUACUAGAUGAGAUCACCCAAUCCUCGAUGACAGGAGACAACUCAAAACGCAAAUCACAUAUCACCAAGAUCAAUAGGGUUUGUCUUGGUACAGGAAGUAAAACAAACACUACAACAAAUGACCAGGUAUGCAAGCCAGUGCAACACCAGUCUGAAAUAAGCACACACAACUGCAGCAUGGAAAAAGAUGAAAAAGAAGGAAUGAGGGAGGAAAAGAGGAGUGAUGAGGGAAAAGAUUCUUCCAAAUCUAAAAACAGUCAUUGUGAGAGAAAAAGAAAGAAGGAAGAUGAGGAGAAAGAUGACCAGCAGAGAAAUAGAUGUGGGCUGAAGAGGCUGAAAGGGGGCAGUGUGUCUGACCUGUCUGAGAACAGUGAUUCUGAAAAUUCCAGCUGCAGAGUGCCAGAUUCAUCCUCAGAUUUAGGAUCAAAGAGACAGCUGAAACAGCGUUACACUUCAAAGAGACCAUUGGAUUGUGAGGUUCACCCCUCCCACAGAGGUGGAAAACUUUCCUCCAGCCAAUUAGGAGAGACUGAGAUAUUGGGCAAAACUCCUCCAUCUGAUUCAUGUAGUUCAUCCUGCAAUGGAGCAUUUAGGAACACAGAGGCAUUUGAGUGUGCUGCUGCUGUUUGUGUUGGGAAAUCAGAUGAGAAAGGCAAUGGAGGGAUGACAGAAAUAGAGGACAGGAGUGAGGGGACAUCUCGGGAGGACUCUGAGGCAGUCUCUGCACUACUGGCGUCCCAAGAGAGUGAGCAGCUGGUCUCUAUGGAAACCACGUGCGUGCUGCUGCAUGCAUCACCUCUGGAGUGUGAGAGAGCGGAGGGUGAGAUGUCAACGAACGAUUCACAGGUCAAAGGUUCAGAGUUCACUCAUGCAGAGGCUAGGGGGACAGAGUUUAACCAAUCAGAGGUCAGGAGGUCAGACUUUCCCCAUUCUGAGGCCAUUACCACCAGUAAUGACACUCCAGUCGCUUUAGAAGAGGAGCCAAGAGGAGAACCGCCUUGCUGUCCUGUCAAACCUUGCAACAAAAAGGAGGAUGGGGAUUAUAAACGGAGCCAAUCUCCAGCAACUGUAAACACAGAAUAUGGAUCUGAAAGUCCUUGCUGUUCUCCUGAGACCAUAACUAAACCACAGAUCAUUCGGGAGGUGUCCAGGCAGAAGCUGAAAGAGGGUAUGGCUGAGAUGGGCAUGCUGAAAGAGGGUACUCCUCUGCCUAAAUCUAUGGACAGAAUUCUUAGUGGCCUUAAAAUGGCACCCAAAACCAAAGAGACCUGCUCCACAACUCCAGUCGUGAUUAAGACCCCUUCUCCAAACCCAAACCGAUCCAGAACGCCAACACAUUCUCCUUCCCGUACACCAAAUCGCACUCCCACUCCAGACAAGUCAACUAAAAGCCCUCUCAUUGUGGGCAGGAAGGAACCGUUCAAAAUCUACCGAGACCCUGCACUAGUCAAAGCAGAGCUUGAGGCCAACCCCACCUAUAUCCAGCCUCCUCACACGCCCCCAAAUCCAAAACAGCACCAUAAGAUACCUUCUCCCUCCUCCAGCUCUCCUAGCCUCACCACUGCUUCCUCCCACAGCAAGCUACUGAGUCCCUCACCUCAUUCUGCACACCUUUCACCCAUUGCACUUCACUCCCAGCCUCCCCUUUGCUCUCUGAGCACAACCCCACACUCAGCCAUCCCUCACCCCCACCUCCUGCCAUCCCUCCUGCCUGCACUGUCCCCAUCUACCACACUCUUGGCAGGACAUCCUCGUAUUGGAACUCUAGGACUCCCUCAUCAUCCAAUAGCCCUCCCGGGUAACUCAUCUCUCCUUGGCCAGACCACUGGUGGAGCUCCUAUGGCUUCCCUUGGCCUCUAUCCCCUCCUGUGGCCUCCUUUCCCCAAUGGAGGCCACAGCUAUCCUGGACUGGGACUGCAACCAUCCAAAUGGACACACCAAGAUCAUGCUACCAUCUCUGACAGUAGUGUGAGGAGGAACACUCCAAGCCACUGGCUUUCUCAGCCCACCCCUGUUAAUAAUGCAGAUGGUCAAGGUUUACAACCCCCACUGCCCAUCCGUCCCUCCAGUGCAGACCCUCAAAGGGCAUCUAGAAGCAGUCAACAUUGCACACCAUCCUCCAAAACCACAGAAGAGCUGGACAGAAGAGGCAUAGCUGAGAGCACAUUCAUCCACUCUCACCUCAAGUCUGACCUGGAGCGCAUUCGCACAUCAAUGGGCAAAAAUGGGCAGACUUACAGCCCAGUUGCCCUUGAGUCCCCCCCAAGUCAAACCAAACAGCCACUUGUUGUUUAUGAUCUCACAGGUGACAGACCCAACAGCUACCAGGAAGAGAACCGGCGCAUUCUUCUAGAAAGCAGUGAGGUGGCACCAUUUACUGCUAAACUGGGAUCAGAUAGGGAACCCCGAUACCCUAGAAGCCCAACACCUGCUCUUCCUUCUAAGGAGAGGGAGAUAGAAUUGGACAGAGAAAAAGACAGGGACAGAGAGAGAGAUGUGCAUGCAUUUAGACAUGCUCUACCUCCCCGGCCACAAUCGGCCCAUCCAUCCCCAACCCUCACUCCAAGCAGCUACUAUGCAUCUCUGUCUAACAGUGUGGAGAACAGGCCUCCACAGCGCAAAGUGCCAGCCAGCAAAGAGCUCUAUGAGAGGCUGAGUGCCAGCAACUCUGUUGCCCCUGUGUUAACCUCUAGUUCACAGGUCUCUAUGAGAGCCCAACCUCCUCCUCUUGUCAAACGUCAACACGAGAAAGAAGAAGGUCUGCUAGGAAAGAUCACAGAGAAACUUGUUCAUAAAGCAUCUUCCAUGUAUGCAGUAGAGAUGGCAAGUGUGGAGAGAAGAGGGCCAGGCUCUUCUAUCAUUUCUGUCUCCUCUUCUUCCCGCAGUGUGCCUUUACUCCACCGCGCCCCUAUAUUCCACCCUCCAGCACCAACCACUGUGGUUUCUAAAGACUCUGGAAAUGGCAGGUUGUCACCACCAACCCUCACACCCAUUCAACCAAUGAGCUUGUCUGAAAAAGGACAGAAACAACAGAGGCCACCUACCCUGUUGCCUGAAUUCAAACAUGUUGCCUUAGACGGGAAAAGACAUAUGCCGGAAAAAGCAGCAAUGUCAUCACAGGCCUUCAAUACUCAGUGGGGAGGAGUCAUAUAUGGCAGAGAGAAUGUUGGUGGGCACACAAAAAAUGGCGGCGUUGUCAAACCACAGGUGGCUACUGCAUCAGUUAUUGUGCGUCCAACAAGCCACACCCAUACAAUAAUAAAUUACACAGUGUCUGACAGCUCAGUUUCACAGAUGCAUUGCAGCCCCAUAAGGCCAUUGGAAAGCAUGUCCAACUUAAAGUCUAAGGAGGGCAAUGUUCAGCAUAAGAGAGGUGUCCUGUGGACCCCUCUGGAUACUGUCCAUCCAAUCAACAUGACAACUCAAAAGGAAGAUCUCAGUACUCCCAUAAACAUGACAAUGAAGCUAAUUAACACAGCUCAUCCGAGUCAUGGAGUGACACACCCCUUAACCAACAUGAAUGCCUCACAUUCUAAAAUAGACCUAAUUGCAGAGCAAUGCAAGAAGAGAGACAGUGGAGCCAUUCAACCAAAGACGGAGCCCUCUUCAUCUUCUUACUGCACUACAAGAGACUUCCCUCAUUUGAAAAAACACAGAGCUGGACUAACUGCUGCUAUCUCUAGAGCUAACACACAUACAAUUCAGCCUCAACACACUACAUAUCCUUUGAAUGCUAUGACCAAUAACUCUCACCUCUCAGAAAGUCAUUUUGAGUCUCUUACUGCACUCACUACCCACACCGUGUGUUCUGCACAUGUUUUAGAAAGAGAAAAAGAGCCUGUAUUCAACACUAGCACUUCUGAAUCUCUGGCAUCAGGGACUUCCUGCCCUGCACCAACAGACAAACAAGGUUCGCCAACCAAUGGGUAUACAGCUGGAUCAACAAUAAUCAACCAAUCAGCUCAAUCCGGUCAGAACAAUUACCAUAAACUUAAAAAAGCCUGGCUGACCCGCCAUUCUGAGCAAGAUAGAGGCAGUACGGACUCCCAAACACUAGAUGGUACUAAGUCUGCUGUAAUUCUGACGAACACAAGCACCUAUAUACCAGCCAAGCAGGAAGUGAAUGGACUGAUGGACAAUUUGGAGGACAAAAACUCACUUGACAGCAAAAAGCCCAAAAUAUUGAAGAAGAAGCCUACACAAGAGACAAGGAAAUCUAAUAGUAUUGCUACUACGAUCUGUUCAGAAGACAAAAAAUCUGUAAAAGCCGAUGAGAAACCAGUGACAACAGGCAAAAAGUCUUUCCUGCUGGAUAAUGUUAAACCUGUCUUAGACAAAAACUGCAAGCUGGAAGCUAAGGAAUCCAUUGUGGAGGAUAAGAAAUCCACUGAAAAACAUUCUAACCUGGGACAUAUGAAGACAGAGAGGGAGAAGCGAGCCGAGAAACGGCCAUUAGAGUCCAACAGUGACAGCGAGACUGGAGGAGACUCAGGAAAUGAGAGCGAAAAUGGUGAAUCAAGACGAAGGUUCAAACGGCAGCCUAAGACCUCGUUUAAAAUAAAACAGAAUAACAGCCAGAAGAAGAAAGUAGAGGAGGAGGAAGAAGAGGAAGAGGCCAAAGCCAAUGGAACUUUGCAGAGUGCAAAGGAUAAGCCACAGAGGAUUGCUAACAGCAAUGGCAUUCCUCGCUCUGUGCUGAAAGACUGGAGGAAGGUGAGAAAGCUCAAGCAAACUGGAGAAGCUUUCUUACAGGACGACUCCUGUGCAGAGAUUGGGGCAAAUGUGCAGAAGUGCCGAGAGUGUCGUCUGGAUCGCUCGCGUAAGGCACAGGAGCCUACCCUCUCACCUGUGUUUUGCAGAUUCUACUAUUUCCGACGCCUGUCAUACAGUAAGAAUGGCGUUAUCCGCGUGGAUGGGUUUUCGGUGUCUGAGCACACGGAUGAGGAGGCGGUUACGGUGUGGACGGGCAGCACAGAGGACGAGGAAGACAAGAAGAGGAGAGAGAUGGACCUUGAGAUGUCAAAAUCCAUCCUCACGUUCAUCGGAGACCAGUUCUGCAGGCUCGUAAAGACAGAGGACACUGCAUACUCAUGGGUCAAGAAAGACACUCAGAUCAUGUGGAAGCGGGCAGUGAGAGGUGUGAGGGAGAUGUGUGAUGCGUGUGAAGCGACUCUCUUCAACAUGCACUGGGCGUGUCACAAAUGUGGCUUCGUGGUUUGCAUGGACUGCUAUAAAGCCAGAGAGAAGAGGAAAGCCAAAGAUAAGGAGCUGUAUGUUUGGGUCAGAUGUGUGAAGAAUCAGCCCCAUGACCUGAAGAACCUCAUGCCUACUCAGAUUGUCCCUGACUCAGUGUUGGCGGACAUGCAGAACUCUUUGCACUCUUUGAAAGAAAAGUUUGCAAUCUCUUCCCAACGUCCUGGCACUGAAACCAAAUCCAUGGCCACUACCAACGGACUCUCACCGCUUUCAGACACAGAUCAAAGUGACCUGAAUAGUCGGCAGAUCUCAGAUCAGCAGAAGAACUCACAGCACGUCACACUGAGAGCGCACACUGAGAGAAGAGAAAAGGCAGAAUGUGAUGGUGUGGAAGCCCAGAGUAAGAAGUCCACAAGCCCUGAACAGGGAUCAACAUUGCGUGACCUUUUGACGUCCACUGCUGGGAAGUUACGCCUUGGAUCUGCAGGAGGUGCCUUUGCACCAGUCUACAACUUUUCUGAACAGGUAACCCAAAACACUCGCGUACCCAACAUCCUGGAUGACAUUAUUGCUUCUGUAGUAGAAAAUAAGAUUCCCGCUACAAAGAUGGCCAAGGCAGAGCUCAAACAGGAUUCGCUGCCUGAGGAGGAGGCGGGGCAGCGGCCAGAUGGAGUAAAGCUUGAUGAAAGCACAUUGGCUAAUCCCCAUGCCACUGCACCUUAUGAUUGGUUGGGAAAUCACCGACUGCUUUGGCUCAAAGAUCACCGUCACCAAGGCAACCAAAGGCUGUUCAAAGAGAACUGGACACAAGAGCAGCCAGUACUGGUGUCUGGAUUGCACAAGAGUCUGAACGCAAAUUUGUGGAAGCCCGAGAACUUCAGCCGUGAGUUCUCCAGCCUCCACAGUGACCUCUACAACUGCCGAGACGGGAGCAUCACCAACUCCAAAGUCAAGGAGUUCUGGGAUGGUUUUGAAGAUGCCUCAAAGAGGCCGAAAUCUGGUAAAGGAGAGUCAGUGGUGUAUAGACUGAAAGACUGGCCAUCAGGGGAGGAGUUUCUGGCCCUCAUGCCUGCCAGAUAUCACGAUGUGAUGAAGUUUUUGCCAGUACCAGAGUACACAGACCCAGAGGCUCAUCUGAACCUGGCCUCUCAUCUGCCCUCAUUCUUCAUUCGACCCGACCUUGGUCCUCGCCUCUGCUGUGCCCACGGUGUUACAGCGUGUCCAGAGCAAGAUUUCGGAACCAGUAAUCUACAUGUUGAAAUCUCUGACACUAUGAGCAUUCUGGUAUAUGUUGGGGUGGCCAAAGGAAACGGAGCCUCAUCCAAAGCAGGUGUAUUGAAGCUCUUGGAGGAGGAAGUUCUGGAUGAAAGCGUGAAGAAACGACUGAAAGAUCCUAAUGAGACACCGGGCGCUCUGUGGCACAUCUACAUGAGCAAAGAUCUACAAAAGAUCCAGGAGUUUUUACACAAGGUUGCUGCUGAGCAGCACACUGAGGCCGAUCCAGAGACUGACUCAGACUCCGAGUGGGACAGUGAUGCCGACCCGCUGCGUGAGGGCGGCUGGUAUCUGAGCCCCAGGUUGCGGCAGAGGUUACAGGACGAGUAUGGCGUAGAGAGUCGCACACUACUCCAGUUCCACGGAGAUGCUGUUAUCAUCCCUGCUGGAGCUCUGCACCAGGUAAUGAAUCUGCACAGUUGCAUCCAAGUGAAUGUGGACUUCGUGUCCCCUGAACAUGCGCACAACUCCUAUUAUCUGACCCAAGAGCUCCGCCCUCUCAGAGACCUAAUGAACUAUGAAGACAAACUCCAGGUGAAGAACAUCUUUUUUCACUCUGUGAAAGAUGCUGUGGCCACACUGAGGAAGCAUCUAAAGGAGGAGAGCACAGUGAAGGUGAAACAGGAGGAGUCCUGACAAUGCAUCUCCUCCCAAAAACAUAAACACAAUCCCAAGAUCCGCCAGGAAGGAACUGCUGUUCUUAGACUUGAGACCAACAAAAUAGGCUGCUCUGCAAGGCUCUGUGACUUCCUGUGUGAUGUUACGACGUUCUCUUUGUUUGAACAGCAUGGACAGGAAGUGAGGUAUGACAAACAUGUAGAGAUGAAAGCAGAACACUGUGCACUCCAGACAGGUGCAAUGAACUUCAAAGCUCAUCACUUCCACUCGCCGCACACACAGAAGGUCAUGAAAACUAUUGGAAAGGAGGACAUUGGCAAAUAUGUGUUUUUUCAAGGGCGAUAAUGAUUCAUGACAUGUUCUUUAUCGGUAGUUCUUGCACUGCAGAAAGUGUCCAGCAAACCGUCAUGCUGUGUUUUGGACGGUUGGAGAGGAUUGAACACAUUCGCAGCAGCAUUCCAUCACAUCAGCAGCUGCCAAACUGACAGCUUCUAUUAUGUUAAAGCAACAUUAAAUUAUUUACAGUUUGGCAAAUAUUCACUGUGCCGACAGAGGAAGAAUAUUCAAACAAUUCCCAUUUAUUCUGUGUUGGUUUGAACAAAGAUAUUGUGACAUUUUCAGCUUAAAUGUAAUAUGUAAAUAGCAGAAUAUACAUAUAUAAAUAUAUAUAUUAAUUAUGAUUUUAUAUAACAUGGUGUGCUUUAUUUGCUGUAUGUGUUGUUUGCUACUGUAUGUACAUUGAAGUUAAAGAGAUGUUUUACAUUUUCCAUUAAAAAUGGAAUCAGAA